UUCAUUUCAAGAUUACAGUUACAGAUCAGAUAAUUUUAUCAAUAAUUUCAACAAGAUGUCUGAGAUUAAGAUAACUCCUUUAGGAGCUGGCCAGGAUGUUGGUCGGAGUUGUAUUCUUGCCAGCAUUGGUGACAAGCACAUUAUGCUUGACUGUGGCAUGCACAUGGGUUUCAAUGAUGAGCGUCGAUUCCCAGACUUCUCAUACAUUGCUGAGGGCAACCUGACAGAGCACCUAGACUGCGUGAUCAUCAGCCACUUCCACCUGGACCACUGCGGUGCUCUGCCCUACAUGACGGAGAUGGUGGGCUACACCGGCCCCAUCUACAUGACACAGCCCACCAAAGCUCUCUGCCCUGUGCUUUUGGAAGACAUGCGCAAGGUGGCCGUUGAGAGGAAGGGGGAGACCAACUUCUUCACUUCAUCUAUGAUCAAAGAUUGCAUGAAGAAAGUCACGACUGUGGCCCUUCACGAGACAGUCAAGGUGGACGACGAGCUGGAGAUAAAAGCAUAUUACGCUGGACAUGUGCUGGGAGCCGCAAUGUUCCAUGUCAAAGUGGGCAACCAUUCUUUGGUGUACACGGGCGACUACAACAUGACGCCUGACCGGCACCUGGGCGCUGCAUGGAUAGAUAAAUGCCGCCCCGACCUCCUCAUCACUGAGAGCACUUACGCCACCACCAUCAGGGACAGUAAACGAUGCAGAGAACGGGACUUCCUGAAGAAGAUUCACUCGUGCGUGGACCGUGGGGGCAAGGUGCUCAUCCCGGUGUUUGCGCUGGGGCGUGUACAGGAGCUCUGCAUCCUGCUGGACACUUACUGGGACCGCAUGAACCUCACUGUGCCUGUCUACUUCACCAUGGGACUUGCUGAGACUGCAAACAAAUACUACCGCAUGUUUAUCACAUGGACGAACCAAAAAAUACGUCGCACGUUCGUGCACCGCAACAUGUUUGACUUCAAGCACAUCAAGCCAUUUGACAAGUCCUACAUAGACAACCCCGGCCCCAUGGUCGUGUUCGCCACCCCCGGCAUGCUGCACGCCGGGCUCUCCCUUGCUGUCUUCAAGAAGUGGGCGCCACAGGAGCAGAACAUGGUGAUCAUGCCGGGCUACUGCGUGCAAGGCACCGUCGGUCACAAGAUCCUCAACGGGGCAAAGGUCGUCGAGAUCGACAAGCAGAACAUCCAAGUCAAGCUUGCAGUCGAGUACAUGUCAUUCAGCGCCCACGCGGACGCUAAAGGCAUCAUGCAACUCAUCAGGCACUGCCAGCCCAGCAACGUGCUGCUCGUGCACGGCGAGAACGCCAAGAUGGACUUCCUCAAGCAGAAGAUCAUGCAGGAGUUCAACAUUAACUGUUACAAGCCCGGCAACGGAGAGACCGCUGUGAUAGGCGUGGAGAACCGCCUCCGUGUGGAGGUGUCGCUGCCUCUCCUGCAGCAGUGCCUCGCCCAGCACGCGCUCUCCCAGCACGGAGGCGAGGAGCUGACGAAAGGCAGCAGCAAGCGCGCGGCUGACGCGCCCCACGAGCUGACACCCGUCAGGAAGGCCCAAAAGCUCCUACACGGCGUCCUGAUCAUCAAGAAUGAUAGCGUGCGCGUGUCGCGCGUGUGCGACGCGUGGCAGGAGCUCGGCGUGACGCCGCAUCAGCUGCGCUACACGCAGCGUGUUGAGCUGCCGCUACACGCUACAGCUGCACACACCAGCAUCACACACAUGCUACACACCUCGCUCUCCAGGUUACACUCUACACUUAAAUUAGUUAUCAUACCUAAAACUUUCUCUCUUAUUUGGUCUCCGAAAAACCCCAUCACCCUCCUCGUCUCCUACACCCACCAGGACGAAGCUCUGGGAGCGCGAGUCUUAGACGCAGUGACGAGAAUCUUCAAACUUCCUUCAUCCUGAUGGGGGCCAGGCGUGAUGGUGUCGAGCUAGAGAUUUCUUUAGUUGUAUUAAUAUUUUUAUAUGUUCUGAUGCUACACUAAUCGUUAUGUGUAGAAGCAUUGCUAGUGCCCGGCCUGAUGUGAAUUAAGAGGCUUGAAGCAUUGUUAGUGCCCGAGUGGGUCAAAGAAUUGUCUAUAUCUCGCUAUGCGAAAUCCUUUAUAAACCAUCGGAACACUGGAAGUGUAGAAGUAACUUGCUGUUUCUGUAAAAAUCAAUCAAAUAAAUAGCUUACCAUAUUUGGACAAAUAAAAACUACUUGAAC